AAGCGCGUCUUGUUUAGCUUCCCACGAUACUAAGUACUCCUCCAGCGGCUUGUGUGCUCGCCGUCACCAACGAUGCCACGCGAAACUACAGACCGGAGAAAAUCAAGCAUAGGCAGCCGCCGUGGUCCUCCAAAGAAACAUAUUCCCUUCCGCGCUGAUGACCUUCGCCUCGGAAAGAAAACCGGGAUCCCAGUCCAAUAUGUCGGCCGGGACUCUGAUGAAUUCGAACUCUUCGACGAGCUCAUCAAGCAGGCUGACGAUCGCACACCGCCCCGCGUAAAGUCACGCAAGAAGAGGGUAUCCGUCGUCGCCCCAUUUCCAGAUGGAGAUGAAUACGACGAGGACGGGGAAAUGUCGAUGGAGUUGGCCGAAAGCAACCAAGGCACCCCGCUGGCCUACUUUACGAAUGCUCCUCCCGCGAUGGCGCCCAACAGCGCACGCAAACCAGGCUCGUCGCGAUCCGUCCCGCGCACGUCUGAGGUCGACUUUGACGAGGUGCCUUCACCCCGUAUGCGUGCUGCACCAUCUAGGCGCGCGUCGGCCGUGAAUGGUGCGGGUCCUUCAGCACUCUCCAAGUCGUUCUCUGUAUACAACGACAGCGUUAUCCAUGAUCCUGCUCCUGACCCCGAAUUCGAGCCUGCAAAUCAAGACUUCGAAUAUGAACCCCCGCCGAACGACAGCCCGCCGCGAACGGGAAUAAGUUUCCAGGAAGAAGAUGAUGACGACAACGAUGCGGCGGAAGUCGAGGAAGAGAUGAUAUCAGUUCCUCCGAAGAAGACAGUCGACAAGGGCAAGCGACGUGCAGAAGUAGAGGUGGAGCACCAGGAGGAAGAUGGGAUUGAUGAGGAUAUCGCGCAGGGACUCGAAGAGGUUGAGAAUGGGCCAGAUGAGGAAGAGGACGAAGACCCGCCCCCUAAGAAGCCACGCAAAGACGACCAAAAAGAGCAGAAAGCCAAGAAACCGAAAGCGCGCGCACCCAAACGAGUUAUCAAACCAUCCAACGAAAAUUCACCACCACCUGACGGCGUGCGCCGCAGUCGACGGCAUCGGUACAAACCACUCGAAUACUGGCGUCAAGAAAAGGUCGUUUAUGGGGGACACGAUGAUAGCUUAAUUCUCGUUCCGCAGAUCAAAGAAAUCAUUCGCAUCCCGCAAGAGCCUGCUAAGCCACUCGGCAAAGCAGGCAAGAAGCGCAAACGCACGGGCAGUGAACGUGCGAAGAGCAUCCCUGAGCCAUUUGACCCCGAAGAGGGCUGGGACGACGAAACGCUCGAAUCCGGUGUAGUCAUCGACUAUGUCACCGAGGAGCCAGUGUCGAGACGUAUCGUCUACACAGCAAAGAAGAUCGAUCCCAAACCUGCGGCCGGCGGCGGGUGGUUUUUUCAAAAGGUUUUCGGGGAAGGCGACUUUAUCGCAGCAGGUGUCCUUCGCAUACCCCCGAAUGGCCGCAAACCAAGCAAAGGAACGAAAGACAACACAUAUGUCUUCUACGUCAUCGAAGGCGCCGUAGCUGCUGUGAUUCACGAAUCGCAGUAUAUAGUAGCUACAGGGGGCAUGUUCAUGGUGCCGCGCGGCAACACCUACUACAUAGAGAACAUCUCUGAUCGAGACGCAAAAAUUUUCUUCACGCAAGCUCGUCAAGUAUCAGAAGAAGAUCAAGACCGUGUGACGUAUUCCGCGCCGCCGUCAUCACAUCCCCAGCGGUUGAGUGAGGCCCCACUGGCCAAGAGGGCAACGACGAUGAAGGUGUGAGAUGAUAAUUGGAUAGCGCAUCCUUCAAGUUUGUAUUGCAUUUGUUUUUCGUAUCGUUAUUGGUUCACUAGUGUAGCCUAAGUGUAAUUAAGCGCGUUUGUGUCGGAAAUGGAUGGGACGUACUGUAUCUGACGUUACACAUAGUACAAGUA